AUGACUGACGCAGAAGGACCCGAGAUAACCUUCGGCCAAAUCGACGUCGACCUAGAUGUCCAAGAAAUCCUCCUCGCCUCCUCACAGCACGAUUUCGCAAAACUCCGCCGUCUCACCCGCACACAAUCCGCUCUCCCGGACGCCGCAAACGUUAAAGACCCCGAGACAGGCUACACACCCCUCCACUCCGCAAUUGCGGCCUGCGAACCCGAAACCGACGAGACAGAGACCGACACCAAUGGCGCAGCUAAACCACCAAUCGACCCCGAGACUAUCAAGUCCGGCGUCAACACUGUCAAGCUCUUGCUCGAGGAAGGCGCUAUUUGGAACGACCUGAGACAACAAUGA